AUGAACAAGAAGAUGAAGCCACCGAUGAAGAACAUCAUCGAAAGACGAUUUUUUUCGAUGCGAAAAUGUCCAGGUAAAAUACUGAGUAUCGAAUAUAAACUCAAAAAGGAUCAGUGCAUACUGUUAGUGCGUAAGUCUUUGCCAGGCCUUUGGGCUAAUGCUCUUUCACUGUAG